CGUGAACGCACACACGUGAACGCACACACGUGAACGCACACACGUGAACACAGUGAGUUGAACAAAUAGGCAGUGUCAAGCGCACGCGAACACAACACACAACACACAACAAAGUAAGCAAGGCAAGUCAGGAUGAAGCUGACCGCUGCAAACAGGAAGAAGCUCUUCCACUCAAUUGAGCGGGGCGACUUCAUCACCACCUACGAGCUGCUCAAGGGUGGCUUCAAGCCAGAGACACAAGACCCUUCCGGCUACACCGCUGCAGGAUGGGCCGUCUUCAACUCAAAGUCGGGCGUGCUCAAGAUUAUGCUUGAGCGUGGGCUGAACCCAAACCUCUCUGCCAGUGGCAUCUCCCUCCUGCACGUUGCUGCCAUGAACGGCAAGCAUCUCAUGGCCAAGAUGCUCCUUCGGGCUGGUGCUGAUGCGACGGCCAAGGACCUGCGUGGGAUGACGCCUGCGGACUCUGCCAAGGACGACGUCACGCGCACCGUCCUCAACACCCCACUCGCGUCGCUCUCCCCUGAAACGGAGUUUGAUGUUGGCGAGCAGGUGUUCUGCUCCGAGGACAACGGCACGCGCCGCCCAGCCGAGAUUGUCAGCGCUCUUCCAAACAAGCGGUUCAGCGUGCAACUGCUUGGCUUCAACACGAAGCUCGAGGUGGAUGCUUCGGCCCUGACCAAAGUCAACGUGGAGGAGGUGGAGCGCCAGCUCAAGUUCAUGCAGCAGGCAAAGGACGCCCGCAAGCAGCAGCAGCAGCAGCAGCGCGCGCGUGCCCGUGCUCGCUCAUCCAUUGCUCCCAUCCCCUCGGAGCCCACCACGCCCCUCACCACGGCCACCUCCUCCGCCUUUGCGCUCCCCACUGUUGACUCGAGUUCGCUGCGGGGAAGCCGCCGCGGAAGCGUUGCUGCUCGCGACACCACAAGUUCCAAGCGCAGGGCUGGCUCGCAGAUGGCGACACCGCCCUCCUCUGCCCGCGCCCCAAAGACACCCAAGAUGGCUGCCACCACAGACGCCACACAGGCCGCCAUGAUGCAGCAGCUCAACCAGGCCCUGAAUGCGCUCGAAUCCCUCAAGGACACCGUCGCCUCCCUCACCACCACCGCCACCGCUGCUGCCACCCCUGUGGCCGUGCCAACCUUCACGGGCGGUGCCGCCGUUGGUGCCGGUGUUGACGCGACGACGGCGCAGCUGCUGGAGGAGAACAGGACGCUGCAGGAGAUGGUGGACAUGCUGCGCGCACAGCAGCAGGAGUCCAAGGCCGCAUUUGCAACCUCGCCCGCCAUGACGCAAUCCAUGGCCAACAAGGAGGACGCCGACCGCAUCAAGGUGAUUGCCGAGCUGCGGACCAAGUGCAUCCAGCUGGAGGCCGAGCGGGACCGGUACAAGCGGCUGAUGGAGAUCAGCGCAGCCAAGUACGCGCGGCUGUCGGCUGCACACGAGGCCGCCAAGGCCGAGGCCGAGGCCGAGGCCCGGCAGCAGGAAGAGGCACUGAGGAAGGAGGAGGAGGAGAAGAAGGGCAAGGCCGCGGGUGGCGACGAUGAUGCACAGGACAUGCAGACGGGUGAGGAUGGCGACGAUGAGGACAAGAAGGAGGAAGACAAGGAGGAGGACAAGGGCCACGAGGAGGAAGAGAGCAAGGACACGGACACGGCAGCAGCGACAACCCCGCCUGCGGAGGGCGAAUCCACCACGACGACCACAACCACUGCAGCAGCUGGCGAUGAUGAUGCUGAGAAGGAGACAGAAGCCGAGGAGGCAAAGGAGGAGGAGGAAGACGAGGCGUCCAAGCAACACGACGAGAGCACGGAGGAUGAGAAGCAACACCAGGAUGGUGACAGCAAGGAGGAGGACCAGCAGAAGGAGGAGGGUGAUAGCAAGGAAGAGCCAUCAGCCACUGCCACAACUGCCAUGGACACUGGCGAUGAUGAGCAGGACGCCGCGGCCACAACAGCGCCAUCCGCCACCACGCCCGCCACAUCAGAGGCAGCAGUGGAGGAAGCAGCCACUGCCACGCCAGCCGUGUCUGAAACGACACCAACGGCAGCACCAACAGCACCAGCAGAAGCAGGCACAGAGGAGAAGACAGAGGGCCAGGCUGAGAAGACACAGGCAACAGCACCAACUGUCGACGGUGAUUGCAGCAACCAACCUGCAACCACCACCACAACAACAGCGGGCGAGGUGGCCUAAACUGUGGUGCAACGAACAUGUGCACACACGCGCAUGUGUUUGUGUAUGUGUGUAUGCGUGCACAUGUAUACCUGCGCGCGCGUGUAUGUGUGCUUGUGCUGUCAGUGGCGAUGGUGCACGUGGCGCUGUGAACUGUGAACGCCGUCUGUGAACCUUCCUCUUUCCAUGCCCUUGUCCAUGAUCUUGCGUUGUCUUUGAAGGUGCGCACAACUGUGUUUUGUAGUGCUUGUUUGGUGGUUUGGUUGGCGUUUCAACGGUGGCACGCUGUUGUAUUGUGUUGUGCUGCCCUGAGCUGCUGUGUUUGGGAGCGAGAGAGAGAGAGGGGGGGGGGUGCGCGUGAUAGCUGAAGCCGCUUU